CAAAAACAAAAAAAAAAGAUCAAAGACAAAUAAUUUUUCUAUCUAUAACUAUCUUAAGAAAGUUUCUAUUAGCUCUAACUACCAAAUUACGUGUGUAGUCCAUAUUAUUCCUCUUCGAGUUGUCGGUAGCGUGGUACGACGAGCGCGGGACAAGCGUAGAAUAUCAACUAACUCCGCUUCCAAAGGUGACUAUACAUAUAGAAAAGAAAUCAUCUGGUAUAUUGUAGUGAUAUGGCGUAAUGCAAUCAGUGAAAGUAAAGAAAACUGAUGUCGAACAAUGUGGCGCGAAUCAUUUGAAAAAUCAUGCUACGUCUUUGCCAACGAUUGACAAUUCUAUCACGAAAAAGUUAAAAUGUAUUCUAUGCACGAAAUUGUCACUCACUCAGAAGACAUAAAGGUUGGUGGACACUAUGAACAAUGGGAUUACUUUCCCUGUGUUCAUACGUAGAGGUUUAGACAAAAAAAAAAAGAAAAAAUAGCGCACAAGUCACACAUUAACAAUAUUCUGUAUGGUAAGUGGACUUACGAUCAUAUUUACUGAUCGUUACCUACACUUACUAAAAGUGCGCGAGCAAAUCAUUUUAUUAUUCUUUUAUUGCAUAUACAGCUGUGCAUAAUCAUCGAGUGCAGUGGAACUAUUUCAACCCGAGUUGCUAGAACACUUCCGUUCGAUAUGUUCCCUUCAAGAUGGACAGCUAUGCUUCGAACUUUGUGGUCUAAUGGACGAUUUUGGGAAUGGCCAAGAAACGGUGUAGAAACUUUCCUAAGAAUUAUAGCUUCUCCGGAUACUAGAAAAAAAAUAAUGUUCGAAUUUAGACCGGAAGAUGGGCCUCGAGCCUCACUUGAUUAUCAGAAACGUUAUGGCUAUCGAGGUCAAUGGUUGAUCGAAUUACUGGGCUCCGGUUUUCAUCCAGAUGACGUGCCUUAUCGACAACCGUUACCUCCUUCUAUAUUGGUACCACCACCACCACCUUUUUGAUCGCUAUAUAUCUUAUUAAUUUAUAUGAACGAA